AUGGAGUCCAAUAAGAGGUUGCCGUCUUAUUAUAGCAUUCUUGGCAUUUGUACGGACUCUUCUGGUGAAGAUAUUCGCCGUGCCUACAGAAAACUCGCUAUGCAAUGGCAUCCUGACAAAUGGACAAGAACCCCUUCACUGCUAGGUGAAGCCAAGCUUAAAUUCCAGCAAAUACAAGAAGCUUAUUCAGUGUUAUCAGAUCAUAAGAAGAGAACAAUGUAUGACGCAGGCUUGAAUGAGCCUGAUGAAGAAGAGGACGAGGGCUUUGCUGAUUUGUUUCCAGAGAUGAUGUCUCUUAUUGCUGAAGCCAGGAGAGAGGGCUUUGCUGAUUUGUUUCCAGAGAUGAUGUCUCUUAUUGCUGAAGCCAGGAGAGAGGAUAAGAGCUACAGCAUGAAGGAGCUGCAAACUAUGUUUUGGGAGAUGGCCAAAGGUUUUGAGUUUCCUGACUGGUCUAAUUUUCAUCAACAGCCUGUAUAUGACUCUCCUCCGUGGUUUUGCACAUCAGUGAGACUUGAUGACUCCAGAACCUCAAAGAGAGCACGAUGGGAUACACAUACAGUGGCGGAGAGAAGUUCCCAAUUCCACAUGACUGGCCAUGAGAGGAAGAAGAGGGUAAUGCCGUGUUGGAUUGUUCAUGCAAGCAAAGCCCUCUGUCGUGGGUGUGGCUUGGCCAAGAGGACUUUAUUACAUACAUUUAGCAGUGUUUCUCUGGGAAAUGCAAAUUUAGGAGACUUGGAUAUCAAGAGUUUUGAGUCCUAG